CCACUAGCUCGAUCGGUUCCUCAACCCGGACAACCUUGGUAGAUACUCAUUGAAGUUGAGAGGGUUGGGUGAAAGUUUAGACCCACAUGAGAAUUGAAGGGCUAUCAUAUCAGGCAGCCAAGAGUCUUAUUUCCUUGAAACCUUUCAUGAUUUGAACAAGAAUGACAAUUUAGCAGGCCCAGAUCCAAUGCAAAUAUUCCAUGAUUCCAUUUUAGAGCUUGGAUAUUCCGACUUCAGUCCAAGCCCAAAUACGAACCCAAAAGCCCAAACGCGGGUACCAAAACCAAACCUUGUUAAUUCUUAUCCUCAACAUUCUGACAGACACUGGCACACCACUGCUGCUCUCUCUCUGCUCUUGCUCUGGCAUCCAUCGCCGCCGGCCGCGCGAAGAUGUGGCUCCUGUCAUCGGCCGUCGCGCCCGGAAGCUCAAGCCUCCGAUUCCCAAAGGCAGAAAUGGAAGGGAAUAGUAGUAAUAUACUGAUCACCCGCUUUGCUCCUCCGGUAAUCGCUGCAAUCCUCGCUUUAUCCCCCCUCGCGCCCGUUUCCCCCGUGUCGGCAGCAGCAAUGAGUGGUGCGGAAAUACAGAGAGGGGCCACGUUGUUCCGACGGAGUUGCAUCGGGUGUCACGAUGGCGGCGGGAACAUCAUUAAAUCGGGCGCAUCACUCUUCACGAACGACCUGCAAAGAAAUGGAGUAGAAACUGAAGACGCCAUCUACCAAAUUACCUACUUCGGCAAAGGAAGAAUGCCGGGAUUUGGGGAGACUUGCAGUCCAAGAGGUCAGUGCACGUUUGGACCACGGCUGAAGGAUGAAGAGAUCAAGAUGUUGGCAGAGUUCGUCAAGGCACAGGCUGAUCAAGGCUGGGCUAACAACAUCCCUCUAACCGACGACGAUUGAGUUCGUCGUAUGAUCAGUUGUAUCCGUUAAAUUGUGUACUAAACAGAUAGCAAAUUG